AUACAUGUUCUUUAUUCUUUGGGGACACCGCUAUCAAAGGGUCAAUGGUGUUUACCGAGCUUUUAUGGAUGGAAGUAACAUUGUAUAUUUUAAAACAUCAAAGUAUACCUUUCCAAGUGGUUUUACUGUUGAUAUUUUUUCCAAAAGGAUUUAUCUCAUUGAUAGCCAUUUCGACCAGGUGCUAACUUUUGAUUACAACGGAUUAAACAGAUUUGAAAUUGUUGCGGGAGCAAAAUAUAUUCUAACACCUGUGGCAAUAACACAUUUUGAAAGCCAUCUCUUUUGGGCUGAUAAGCAUAAGGGUAAAAUUAUGAAGAUGAAUAAAAACGGUAGCAUCUCCACUUUAACAGAAAUAUAUCAUAAUUCUUCUGAAGUUCCUAACACACUGGAAAUUUUCCAUUCAGCUUUGCAACCACAAGGAAGAAAUCCAUGCAAGCAGGCUAAAUGUCAACAUAUUUGUGUUGUGACUCAUACCUCUGACAAUGAUGGGCUUGGUUACCGUUGUCUGUGUCAAAUAGGUUUCGUUCCUGAUUCAAGCCAAAUGAAUUGUACACGUGUCAAUAAAUUUAUUUUAAUUUCCAAAAGAAACAUUAUUCAAGGUCUACCACUGGAUAGAAAGUCUACUUUCAAUGCAAAUGCUAUUCUACCAGUCACAAACACUUUUUCAAGGA